AGCUGAUUAUGCUGCUUACGCGUGUCCUCUGCUCGCUCGGCCUGUGGUCGCUAUCACACACAGCUGAAGCGUUGCAGCACCCUCCACAUUGCAACUGACCACCUGCGCAAGCAGCGAGCACCACACUGCAUCGCUAGCUGCAAAGCCGACAGCAUGCGCUUCGCCAUAGCAUGCCUCGUCGCCACGGCGGCGGCGCGACCGACGGUGCGAGAAAUACGCAACCUUGCUGAGUACGACCGCCUCAUACAACACCAUAAAACGGAGACGGGAUUACCGGUCGUCGUCGACUUCUACAGCGACUCGUGCGGCCCCUGUCGGAUGAUCGCGCCCGCGUUCAAGAAGCUCGCGAAGGAGAUGAAGGACCGGGCGGUCUUCGCGAAGGUAAACGUAGCCAUGGCCAGGGACGUGGCCUCGAGGAUGCGGGUGUCGUCGAUGCCGACGUUCCACUUCUACGAAGAUGGUGUUAAAAGACAUGAAUUCAGCGGCGCUGGGGAGUAUCAACUCAGACAGCUCGCGGAACGAGUCGCUUCAGAUGCGGCGGCGAAGAACGUGAAGUUGUCCGCAGAAAGUUUGCGAGCGUUCUACGACGAACACGAUUCAGGUAAAGAUAUAACAAAGAUCAUCAGCAAAUGCGCUUCACUCGCGAAAAGUCGGGACUGCGUCGGCGGCGCCGCGCGGGAACUGGCCAAGAAACUGAAACAGAAAUUCGGGAGCGCUCCGCAACUGUCGAAGCGCUUUGGAGAGCAAGAGCCACCGAAGCCGAAGCCGAAACGGACGUCUAGAUCGUUGGAUCAGGCCUCGACCGACGAACUACUCGCGGAGCUCGCGAAAAGAUCCGAGGACGACGACCUCGCGUUCGCGGCGUCGGAGGCCGCGGAAGCGGCGCGGCGGGAGCUGGAAGAAGAGGAAGAAGAUGAGGAGGACGAGGAGGACGAGGGCGCCUUGCCGUUGUACCGGCCGCACGGGCAAUUCGCGGAGCGGGUUGUGAUUGUGGGCGCGGGGCCGGGCGGGUUGAGUGCGGCGGUCUACGCGGCGCGCGCUGGUUUAGCUCCUGUGGUGAUAGCACCGUCGGAUGGCGGGCAGUUGCUAGGCAAGGGCGUGACGGUGGAGAACUAUCCCGGUAUUGUCCAGCGUCCUUUUGUUGCGUACCGGUCACGCGUCGUUGGCGUGGAGGCGGCGCCACCGCAACGCCAUCGACGCGACACGCCGUCGACGCGCCACGCUCAACGGCGCGGAGGCAGUCGCGUCGAUGGCGUGGAGGAGGCGUAGCAUUCCGCUUCGAGUGCCCUCGAGAGUACGACGCGCGUCGCGCCGACGGCGUCGGGGCGGCGCCGCCGAUCUGACCCGCGUCGCGCGCAGGCGUCGUGGGAGACACGGGCCCCGGCCUCGUCCACAAGAUGCAGGCCCACGCGGCGGACUGCGGCGCGGCGUUCUACCCCCACAAAGUGCACAACAUAGACUUGAGCCAGAGGCCCUUCCGCGUGGAAACCCCCGAGGCGAACAUCUCCGCCCAUUCAUUGAUCGUGGCGACGGGCGCGGACUCGCGAUGGUUAGGUGUGGACGGAGAGUCUACUUAUAGAGGAGGCGGCGUCAGCUCGUGCGCCACGUGUGAUGGCUUCUUAUUCAGGGAUAUGGACGUCGCCGUCGUCGGCGGAGGAGACACCGCGAUGGAGGACGCGCUUGUGCUGGCGCGGACGUCGAAGUCCGUGACCGUGGUGCACCGGAGGGAUGCGUUCCGGGCGUCGCGGGCUCUGGCGGACCGCGUGAGAGAACACCCGAAGAUUAACAUAAGGUGGAACGCCACUGUGGAGCGGUUUAGUGGUGAGGAGGUCCAGGAAGAUGAGGUAACGCGUCAGAUCUUGACCCGCGUGGAUCUGAGGGACACCUCCACCGGUGAUUCAGACUCAUUAGAUGUGCGGGCGGCGUUUGUCGCGAUAGGACAUGACCCGAACACGAAGCUCUUCGGUGGUUUAUUGAAGACGAACGACCAGGGUUAUCUCGAAUUGUCAGGUGGUCGCUUCGCGACCGAGUUGAGUGUGGAGGGCGUCUUCGCCGCGGGCGACGUGGCGGACCCGGUCUACCGGCAGGCGAUCACGUCGGCGGGGAGCGGCGCGAUGGCUGCUUUGGAUGCCGAAAGGUACUUGUCGGAGCAAGGUAUUCAAGAUGAAAGCGAGCAGUUCGCCGACGAUCUGAUGGCGGAGCUCAUGGGCGAGUUUGAUAGUGAAGAGACGUACAACGCGUAUGCCGAGGGCGUGGACCUGUCUUCCGCGAACGCGCGGGCGGAGCUGUAAGUGUUGUUUAUAU